ACGACAGAAAACCCAAUCUUCAUCAUAAGCCCUAAAUCCUAACCCAAAUGUAUGAAAUAUAAGGGGAAUCCGCAAAAAAAGGAAAUGGCGAAGUGAAGAAAGGGGAUCUCUCUCGUCAAUUCAUCAUCUUCCAUUCGUCAGAGUGUGGUUGUGUAAUUGUAUCUGUUGCAGGAAGAAGCUAAUGAAACUGCAUUAGAGUACCAUUUAAACCCUAGAUCUCUUUCUCUCUUCCCCCCUUUUUUGGUUAAUAAUGAAAACUGGUGACCUUAAUGGUGGGAGAAUGGCGGGAGACGCCGCACCUCAACCUCCUUCUGCCGAAGAAGAAGCGCUCAAGAAGAGCACCGAUUGUGUUUCCUUUCUCGCUUCUCCUUUAACAUGCAUAAAGGGACAUGAGUGUGAGUACCGACAUAGUGACUUCGCUAGGCUAAAUCCAAGGGACUGUUGGUUCUGGUUAAAUAGUAACUGCUUGAAUCCUAGCUGCGGAUUUCGACAUCCGCCACUUGGUUUACUUGGAACACAACUACCAACACCCUCAGGGUCUGCUCAACCUCUACCCCAUACAGCCGCUAUGACUCCAGUGCUGGUCAUGGAUACAAAUAGCAUACAAGGGGUGCCCUGUAAAUUUUUCCAAAGUGGGUUAUGUCUGAAAGGUGACUGGUGUUCUUUUACUCACACACCGAAUUCCAUGAGAUAUAAAGCAUCAGCGGUGCCUGUAAGAGCAGUUGCGACUGAACCUUCAAAUCUCAAUAAGGUUGACAUCUCAGUGCUGGGAAAGAAGAUUCCUCCACCAACAAAUAAGAGCAAACCUAUCAAGUGUCCUCUAGAUCAACAACUCGCAGCAGGCGAAGUGAAACCUGACGUCCAUAGUAAUGAACUUCCUAAAAACAAGAGGAUGAUUGAAACAUCGUGCAUCAAUGAGCUUCCUGACUAUAAUAGCCAUCUUGCUUCUAAUGAAAACGUGGUCCGUGUUAAACAGCCUUAUCAAAUGGAUGACCCUGGGAUGAUCGAUGACAAGAAUGUAGGAGAUGACUCAAGGGAACCCUCACCUGGUUUUGAUGUUCUUGUUGACGACGAGGGGAGAGAUUCUGAUUUUUUUCUAAGUGAAGACCAAUAUGGGAUGUCAAAGGAAUAUGAGGCACAGAACAAUAAUGAUAACAAUAAUUUGACUGAAGAAGAUAUAUUUGCUGAAGCUGAUAAUGAUAGGUACAGGUAUAUACAUGGCUAUGAGCCACAAGGGUACCCCAGGGGUCAAUAUGGUUUGGAGCAGAACAGAGCUUCAUCUGAAAGGAUGUCAGCAGGUCACAAUGCGAUGCCUUAUGCUAGGGGUGAAUUAGAUCUACGAGAUUGUUUGACAAGGAAGAAGCAGCAUCAUGGUUUGAGGUCUGUAAUUUGUCAUGAGCAGGUUCGUGACAAUCUUGCUAAUGAUCAUAGCCAUGAAGAUUGGCGGAGGCAUGAAAGAUAUGCUCCUGCUCCCUGGCAUGAGGGUUCUCUUAGCAAUCGCCUUCAAGGAAGAAUAAGGCUUCCACAAAGAUCAUCAUAUCCAGCUGAUUGGGAAAUUAUUAGGCGAGCUGACAAUGGUAGAUUUUCUUCUGCCAACGGAUGGAAGAAUCAUAAAGGCCCGCACUUUAGAAGGGUUAAGAAUCAUAAAGAAUCGCAUUACGCUACGGAUCAACAGCAACCUGGUAAGAGAAAAUAUGACGCCCUUGAAGGAAAUGGGAGCACUGUUUCGUUUGAAGGGCCAAAGCCUCUAGAGGAGAUUCUGAAAUGGACGAAAGGCGAAAGAACUGUCAACAUCAGGAAUUCUUCCGAGGGUGAAAAUGGUACUCCUAAGUAGGAUUGCUGAGAGUUGAGUGUAUGAACAGAGGGACUAGGUGGUGGGGUGGAUUUUGAUACGUAUGAGGGGGAUAAUGGUGAAGAGGAAUAUCUUGGUGGCAAUGGCGAUGAGUUUGCGUAGAAGCUGGAAAGGAAACAUGAGAAUGAUUGAUUCAAUUCGUCUUUUUGAUAUUUUUUGGAUAUUUGUUUGGGGCUUGAAGAUGGCAUGACUAAUUUUGGGGUAACAAGUAGAGAGAGAUGGUUGGUCCCCUUUGGUCAGUGGGAGUUUUUUUUUUUUUGGUUGCUUUGCAACUUGUCCUGACGUAGAUUUUUUGUGCUACCCAUUAACACCACCAUUACUCAAUAUACUACUGCACUGCCUUCCUCA